AAUACGUACCACAGGCUUUAUGAAAGGACUUUAUGGAGAAGCAGAGAUGAAGGCAGAUAAUGUGAAGGACAAAGACUCAAAAAUAGCAUUCCUUCAGAAGGCCAUCGAUGUGGUGAUGCUGGUUAGCGGAGAGCCCUUGGCCGCUAAACCUGCUCGAAUCGUAGCCGGACACGAACCAGAGAAGACCAACGAGCUGCUGCAGGUCAUUGCUAAGUGCUGUCUCAACAAGCUCUCCAGUGACGAGGCUGUUAGGCGGGUGUUAGCAGGAGACAAGCUGGAUCAGAAAGGGAAGCCCAGCACCUCCAGGUCCCAGGACAAGGAGAACAGAGAGGGCAGGGAGCGCCACCAAGACCGAGAGUCUCUGGCUGUUGUCCAGGAGAGGAAAGGCAUCAAGGAGAGCAGCGGGAGCCGAGAGCAAAAAGAUCCAGAUCAACCGAAAGAUCAAGAGAGCAAGAGGGAUGACAAGGACCGCCGGCGAGAUGCCGAGAGAUCUGACAAGGGACGCGAAAGAGACCGGACAAAAGACAGAGACAAAGACAAGAGCCGGGAUCGGGAGAAAGACAAGACCAGAGAGAAGGAGCGUGAGAAGGAGAAGGACCGUAACAGGGACAAGGAGAGAGAACGAGAUAAAGAGAGGGAUAAGAAAAGGGAACGGGAAUCUCGCAAAGACAGAGACAGAGAUCGAGAACGAGACAAGGAGAGAGAUCGUGAGCGUGAGAAACGACGGGAGAGAGAAAAAGAUAAAGAACGACACAGAGAAACAGAUGAGAAGCUAAAGGACAGAGGCGAUAGAAAGAUCAAGGCAGCAGAGGAGAUCAGCAAGCCAAAGCCUCACACAGACGUUGUGAGUAAAACGCAUGAAGCUGAAGCAGAUGAGGCUGAGGGCGGUGAACUGGAGCCUACAGAUCUCUCUGAAAUCCAGGCUGAGAGUCCUUCCCGGAUCCCAAGGCCCUCAUCAGCUAAAGGACAGCGGCGGUGGCCCAAAACAGAAGGUCAAGAUGAAACUGAGAGUGAAGGAGAAGGGGAAGCCCCUUCAACAGAGAAACCAGUGCCUAUUGAGAAUGGAGACACAACAAAUUCUGUGCCACCCCAAACAACACAUAGACGAUUACCGCGACCUAGCAGCGCACGACCGGCAGCCCCCCGUGUCAAACGACAGGAGAGCUACGCUGAUGUGACCCCAGCAGAGAGGUUGGGCAGUGGCAAGACCCCUGCGACUGUCAUUUUGGAUGGCAAGAAGCUCUCUGAAGAUGAUGAUGAUGAAGAUGGGCAGUUUGUGGUGGAGGAGGCAGCUGCGCCUCCUCCUGACAUACCUGAAAUUGAGCGUAAUUCACUUGAACUGCAAGAGGAUGACAAACACGGUGGACUUGUGAAAAAAAUCCUAGAGACAAAGAAAGUCUAUGAAUCAUCUCCAUCCACAAAGCCUAAAGAACAGGAUCGGUCACUGGUGUCGGAGGUGUCUCGUAAGAAGGAACGUGAAUUGGUGGCGAAGGAGAUCGAGCGCCUACGUUCGUCCAUACAAACGGUGUGUCGCAGCGCUCUGCCUCUGGGUAAGAUCAUGGACUACAUUCAGGAGGACAUGGACUCUAUGCAGAACGAACUGCAGACAUGGCGCAAAGAGAACAAGGAGAAUACACAGGCUCUGCUACAGGAACAAAGAAUUACAGACAGCGUUGUGGAACCUCUGAAGGCUGAGCUCGCUGAACUAGAGCAGUUAAUCAAAGACCAGCAGGACAAGAUCUGCGCAGUCAAGUCCAGCAUCCUGAAGAACGAGGAGAAGAUCCAGAAGAUGGUAUCCAGCAUUAGCUUCUCCUCACAGACGUGAAUACCAGCACAUCCCAAAAGAAACCUGAAACCUGAAGAGCUCCUGUCUAAUAGAUCUGAUGUCUUUGAGCAGCACUGGAGAGAGUUCAGAGGGUGCAGGUACAGUCAGGAGUCACUCUCCUCAAACCCCCUUCAUGAAAGGUGCCUUCUGUAAGACCCAGGAUCUGUUUGCGCUGGUCCGUUGGGAUUCUCAAGCACACUCAUACGUCUGCAGUAGAUUUGCACUCAUCACUUGCUUGAAAGAUAAAUGUGUGUGGUCACCAUACUGAUGUGUCCUUUAUUUUUUUUAAAGAGGACUUCAAUUGAUCUCCAUGUUCUCUUAGGAAAACAGAUUGACUGGUUUAUUUUAUUUUUAUUUUGCUUUUUUCCAUCCAGACUGACAAGUGUUUUAG